AUGCUCCCCGAUCGCCCUUCCGUCUUCGUCGCUCCUCGCCCUAGACGGGACCUUCCCGACCCUCCUCCCUUGCCCAGCACUCAGAUCCGCCUCUCCCCCGCCAUCCUGCAGCCUCUCUUCAACCUCAAGCAGCGUGAUGCCGCCCAGCAUCUGGGCAUCUCUCUCUCGAGCCUCAAGUAUGCCUGCAGGAGGAUCGGCAUCACUCGCUGGCCGGGGCAAGCAGGUGCCGACACUGAUGAUGCGCAGGAGCCGCCGGCAGAGCAGGAGGGGGCAGAUCCAGCAGACGAUACCAGGUCGGAGGAAGAGAAGCUCGAGGAAGGGGAGCCCCAUCCCUCCGCUGUGUCUGAGGUUGGCGCCUGGGAGAUUGAACGUCUCCUCGCACAGGAAGGCUCCCCCGGACCCAGCGGCUCGAGCACCUUUACCGAACCCCCGGUGUCCGCUGCAUCGGCUCUUCACCCUUCGACUGGGGCGGACGGGGUGUGCGAGGAGGCGUGGAUAUGUCCAGAUUGGAUAGAAGACUACCUGAGAUCGACAGACGAGGACGAGAUGUAG